GAAUUAAUCAUCUCAUUUCUCCUAUUCACUCCAUCUCUCUUCCAUAUACUUGAUUCUUCUUUCUUUUUUUUUUUUCUUUCUCCAAUGGGUUGCUUUUGGUCUACCAUUUUCAUUAUAUUUUGUGUCUCCUCCCGUAUUGCUUUCUCUGAGAUCAACACUGUCCAAACUUUCAUUGUUAGUGUUGAAAAUUCCAUGAAACCAGUUCACUUCUAUGAGCUAGAUCAAUGGUAUAGCUCUAUACUGAAAGACCUCAAAUCCAACUCUUCAGUUUCAAUUGGCCACAUCUAUAAGACAGUAUUUGAAGGCUUUUCCGUCGAGCUUACACCACUGCAAGCCCAAGAACUUGGAAAACGCCCUGAAAUUCUUGGGAUGUUUCCUGAACAUAUUUAUCAACUCCAAACUACCAGGUCACCUGAGUUUCUUGGACUGCGAAAUGAUUCCGGCGGAAAAAGCCCGUCUUUCCUGUCAGAAUUCGGUGCCGAUGUUAUUAUCGGAAUGCUCGACACUGGAAUAUGGCCAGAACUAUAUAGUUUUCGUGACGAUGGCCUUGGUCCCAUUCCUUCUACGUGGAAAGGAGAAUGCCAAGGAGGAGAGGGAUUUCCCAAAACCUUAUGCAACAGAAAACUCAUUGGCGUCCGCUACUUCACCGGAGCAAAUGGAGACCGCCAAUCUGGCCCCAAUACAGCUAGAGACACUGUAGGCCAUGGCACACACACGGCUUCUACCGCUGCAGGACAAGCGGUGACCAAUGCUUCGUUUCUUGGUACUUUUGCAAGAGGCACUGCAGUGGGCAUUGCACCCAAAGCAAGACUUGCAAUUUAUAAGGUGUGUACAGAGAUUGGUUGCAGAGGCUCGGACAUACUUGCUGGUUUUGACAAGGCCGUUGAAGAUGGAGUCAAUGUGAUAUCUGUAUCCUUAGGGUCAUUCUAUGCCUUACCGUUGAUUGAUGAUGAGGUGGCGAUUGGCUCUUUUGGUGCAAUGGUGAAAGGUAUAAUUGUAUCAGCUUCAGCAGGCAAUUCUGGUCCUCAAACCGCUUCCGUGUGUAAUGUAGCACCAUGGAUAAUCACCGUUGGGGCUAGUUCUAUAGAUAGGAAGUUCCCAGCUGAUUUAUUACUGGAAGAUGGUGGCGUAAUAAGUGGAGUAUCUCUCUUCAACGGCGCUGCAUUUCCUGAAAAUGAAUAUUGGCCGUUGAUUUACGCGGCAAAUGCAUCAUUGAACUCUUCUGAUGCCAGUGCUUACUGUGACGGAUCCUUAGACCAAGAACUAGUGAGUGGCAAGAUCGUAGUGUGUGAUACUGGCAUGCUGUCAAGUCCUGAAAAAGGUUUGGUUGUUAAGGCAUCGGGAGGGGUUGGUGCUGUCGUUGCUAAUGUAAAAUCCUGGGGUUUAAUAACUGAUGCGUACUUGACUCCUGGAUUGUCCAUCACCGAUUCAGGUCGUAGACUUCUUUUGGAUUACAUGUCCUCUACUCCUAAUCCACGGGCUAUGAUGGUGUUCCGUGGGACACAGGUCGGGGUCAAACCUGCACCUGUGGUUGCUUUUUUCUCAUCUCGUGGGCCCAACACUCGUUCUAUGUAUGUGAUGAAGCCAGAUGUGAUUGCUCCAGGUGUCGACAUCUUAGCCGGUUGGUCCAAAGUCUCUCCACCGUCUGGAUUAUCAGAAGAUAAGCGGAGCACCGAAUUCAAUAUAAUAUCUGGAACAUCAAUGUCCUGUCCACACGUAUCAGGUAUUGCUGCUCUUCUGAAAGGAUCGCACAGCCACUGGUCACCUGCCAUGAUCAAAUCAGCCAUCAUGACAACUGCGUAUACACAUGAUCAAGAUGGCAAUCCGUUGUUAGAAGACACGACGUACGGUGUAAGUACUGCAGGGGAUAUGGGAGCUGGACACGUGGAUCCAGAAAAAGCCAAUGAUCCAGGUCUUGUAUACGAUAUGACUUCUGAUGACUACGUGGAUUUUCUAUGUGCGUCGAAUUUGACGCAAAAAGAGAUAAAGAUUAUCACUCAUAGAUCAGUGGAAUGCAAGAAUAUCGGAAACGCAUGGGACCUAAACUAUCCUGCGAUUUCUGUUCCUUUCCAAGCAUCAAAGCCCUCUAUAAAAGAGAUCUCAGUGAAGAGAACGGUGACACAUGUUGAAGAAGGAGCGUCAAGCUACAGUGUGGAGGUCAAGAAACCAGAGGACACAGAUGUAACUGUUGAUCCUCCAUUGCUGGUUUUCACAAGCAACGGGGAAAAACUGAGCUACACGGUUAGGAUCGUGUCGAAGAUGCAAGAAAUACCGAGUGGGGAAUUCAAGAGUGAGUUUGGGCAACUUACUUGGACGGAUGGGACGCACCGAGUUACUUCGCCUUUGGUAGUGACAUGGUAUGGCGAUGAUGAUUAUUAAGAUAAUUUAAUUACCAAAUCAUGUAGUUUGAGUGGUAGUCUAAAUAAGAUUUUGGCAUGCUGAUUAUAUAAAGUGUUUGUAUUUAGUUUGUUUCUUGUCGUGCAAUGGAAGAAAAGCGACGGAUUAUUGGUUUCAAAACAAAA